GCGCUCUGGCUUCCAGGGGGCUGUAUGCAAAAGCACCAGGUGAAGACAGCUUUCGAGUUGUUUUUUUACUUAUUUCAUAUUUCAGAGAAGAACCGCCGUUCUGCCCUCCCUUUGGCCUUCAAACCGAGCGGGAAGUUGGUUGACUUCGUCUCAGAGUUAGAGGUCAAGGUUCAGGAACACCCUCACCAUCAACCCCUCGCAACGGCAGCAGCAUUGCAAGCACAAAAUCAUGAUGUUGCGUUUUCUGACCAUCUUGUUGUCCCUCGGCUCCCUGCUUGCAACAACACCCAUCCACCUGAAGCCUGGUGCCCUCACGGCACACAUAGGAGAGGUCUUCCUCAUAGAAGAUGUGCUCCUCGUAAAAUAUCCAUAUACUUCCUUGACCAACACCACGGACACAAUCAGGAUAGUCUCAGAAAAACUACUCGGCAUGGCAGACGCCAUCCGGGCUUCCACGACUAGGGAAUCAAAGGCUCCUUCUAGUACCAACUCUCUGACUCUUUUUCAACUACUGGAGGAUAGGAUUCUGUUCUUACGGGGAAAAGUUGAUGAGGUAAACAUGGAUUAUAGUUUUCACUCAGUUCACUCUCGGGUAAAGAGGGGGUUGCUCAACAUCGUGGGGUCCGCCUCAAAGUUCCUUUUCGGUACGGCUACCGACGAGGACGUUCGCGAUUUGCGGGACCACUACGCUCAUGUACUUUCCUUUGCUGCUCGAAAUCGCAGGGUGAUCAAUGCCAAUUGUAGAAAACUUGCGCAAUUGCAUACUAACAUUGCGGUACUGCUAGAGCAGACAAAUAAGAUGGUAGAGGUUAUCAACAUAGUUGUCAAACAGAUCGACCAGGUGAAUCAGUUUCUCCUCCUAGAUCAGGCCUUGCAUGUAUUGGAAAACGUCAUUACCUCCGUCGCAACGGCUAAUCAGCAGGUUAUUAGCAACAUGGUUGAUGCAGCGCACGGUAGAGUCACACCUGCCUUGUUCCCUCUACACGAUUUGAGAACGACUGUCCAGAUCGGGUAUCAAAAUUAUAGCCUGACGCCUUUAUUCACCCCGGACAUGAGUCAAUAUUUUUACCCCUUGAUUGAGUCCAGCCUCACCCCUGAUGCCAUAAUCAUUCAUGUUCCGUUUCAGACGGCGGACGUGUUUGAGGCACACGAAAUUGUCCCGUUCCCUUUUUCGGCAAAGGACAGUGUGUUGGUCCUGGACACGUCCCCGUCUCUUGUUCUAAUCGCGAAGGAUUUCGCUCUGUAUUCAACGGGUAGCUACUCACUCUUGCAGUAUUGCAAGGAGACGGUCUUUGGGCGAUUCUAUUGUUCUGCGUCUCUCUUUGCCUUCCUUCCAGUUCGGGGAGGGGUAUGCGAGAUCGCCCUCACCCGCGUGAACGCGUCUGACGCUCUUUCCCUGUGCCCUUACAAGCAGCUAACACCAACGCCUGUUUUCCAUAAGAACUUUCAGGGUCUGCAUUAUUUUUAUUUCCCUCAGUCAUUCUAUGUAUCGGUCAUCUGCCCGGAGGGUACCACUUAUCAACGGGUUACUGGUCACUAUGCCAUAGCGGAAGCAUGCUAUAUCCGCUCCACUAACAUAACAACGUACCCGUCCCGGAUUCGUCUGGUUUUCACGGCCAAUAUUUCCCAUCGAGUGUUUCCUCUACGGUCUCUCGAUGACAUUCAUUUCUCCAGCAUCUCGUAUGUGACUAAUUCCCUUAAUUCAUUGUCUUUCGCGAACAAAACAGAGUUUGCGGAAACCCUGGAGGAAUCGCUGCCUGAUUAUUUGCAUCUCCCCUACCUGUACCCUGGAUUUUUUGUACCAAUGUUUCUGAUGUUCGUCAGUCUCGUCGUCAUGUGCUACCUUAUUAGGAGAAACUCUGUCCUGCACGAUUAUUUGGUUGUGCAGACACGGCGACUGGAUGCCGGGAGGCCACUGGCAAGGUAGUUUUCCUUUUCUCAGACAAGUCAGGGGACAGAAACCUGGCUGCUCCUAUACUUAACAUUGUACUGUGUUUCACUACUGUAUUUUUUCUUUAGGAGCUAGAUCAACGUUUCAUUGUCUGUAACUAUGCCAGUUGAUAGUUUCUUAUACAUGUGUCCUUAUAUUUAUCUUUUGAGAGGUUUCUUAUGUUUCAUGUCACACACGUUGUGGUUUCCCUCUCCCUAUUUAUAUUAUAAUUCCACAUCUGUUC